GGCGGAGUCUUCCGCUGUGGCGGGAAAAUACACUCCAGGAUAGCGCCGGGAGGCCGUGCUUGCUGCCGUCCGGCCCUCGCCGCAGCGCCAGCGGCCAGAACUAUGCCAGCCGCCGGCUCCGAGCCGCCACGCCCGCCGUCGCCGCCCGCCUCGCAGGAGCAGGGCGCCGAGCCGCGGCCGCCGCCGCCGCACGGGGAGCUGCAGUACCUAGGGCAGAUCGAGCACAUCCUCCGCUGCGGUUUCCGGAAAGAUGACCGCACCGGCACCGGCACCCUGUCGGUGUUCGGGAUGCAGGCGCGGUACAACCUGAGAGAUGAAUUUCCUCUGCUGACAACCAAACGUGUUUUCUGGAAAGGUGUUUUGGAGGAGUUGCUGUGGUUUAUCAAGGGAUCCACCAACGCUAAGGAACUGUCUUCCAAGGGAGUGAAAAUUUGGGAUGCCAACGGGUCCCGAGACUUCCUUGACAGCCUGGGCUUCUCCAACAGAGCUGAAGGGGAUUUAGGCCCAGUUUAUGGCUUCCAGUGGAGGCAUUUUGGGGCUGAAUACAAAGAUAUGGAUUCAGAUUAUUCAGGUCAAGGAGUAGAUCAACUGCAAAAAGUGAUCGACACAAUCAAAACCAACCCUAAUGACAGAAGAAUCAUCCUGUGUGCUUGGAAUCCAAAAGAUCUCCCUCUCAUGGCCCUCCCCCCAUGCCACGCCCUCUGCCAGUUCUACGUGGUGAAUGGGGAGCUGUCCUGCCAGUUGUACCAACGGUCGGGAGACAUGGGCCUGGGUGUGCCCUUCAACAUCGCCAGCUAUGCCCUGCUCACCUACAUGAUCGCACACAUCACGGACCUGAAGCCAGGUGACUUUGUACACACUCUGGGAGAUGCACAUGUUUACCUGAAUCACAUCGAGCCGCUGAAAACUCAGCUUCAGCGAGAACCAAGGCCUUUCCCCAAGCUCAAAAUCCUUCGAAAAGUUGAGAAAAUCGAUGACUUCAAGGCUGAAGACUUUCAGAUUGAAGGCUACAAUCCUCACCCAACUAUUAAAAUGGAAAUGGCUGUCUAGAGUGCUUUUAAAGGCGUUGUUUGAAGGAUAUUUACACCUAGGUAAAAGUUCACUUGGCUCCAAAUGCGAAGGAUCUAGGUCAAAGCCUGUUAGUGAUCUACUGGUUUUUAUCCAUUAACUUUUAAGAAUGUUGCCACUGGCAACUAAGAGCUGUGCUGUUCUCAUAGUAAUAAUAUAGAACUACUUGAACAAGCUGGGUAACACCCAUCAGUCGUGUUAAUGCUUAGUGUGGUUAUGAAUGUUUAAAGUUUUAUUUUGCUACAAUAAAUGUUCUGCAUUCAUGUUUUUU